UAGCUGGCUACGCAUUAGCGUAUCCUCCCAGCUAAAGCAAUACUACAGACUACACUAUGCCUAAUAGUAUCAAUUGAUUAUACACAUGUUUGGAUAGCUGUGCUUUUCGAUAUCGUUAGGCAGUUCGCUAGCUAGCUAUAUUCCAAAAUAUUCAACUGUCUGCGUAGGAAGAAGUAGACAGACAAGCUGUGUGAGAGGAGGCCAAAACCAGGACGAGAGCGAAGUCGGGGAGGCCGCUUGACACCUGAGGGGAGGGCAUCGAAACGCCAGCCGCAGCCCGGCCUGAGACACGGGUAGCAGUAUAGGGAAGCAGAGCGGAGAGGCCGCCGCCACGGCGGGGCCGGCGGACAAAAUGGCGGGCAGCCCCGAGAAGAGUGUCUCGGCGCAGGAAUGGAAGGAGCAGGGCAACCGCCUCUUCCUCAGCCGCAAGUACCAGGAGUCGGCCGCCUGCUACAGCAAAGCCAUCAAGCGGAACCCCUCGGUGUCUGUGUACUACACCAAUCGGGCACUAUGCCACGUGAAGCUGCAGCAACACGAUAAGGCCCUGGCCGACUGCAAGCAGGCGCUGGAGCUGGACCCCCAGUCAGUCAAGGCCCUCUUCUUCCUGGGCCAGUGUCACCUGGAGAUGGAGAACUACGACGAAGCCAUCGGCAACCUGCAGAGAGCAUAUAACCUGGCGAAAGAGCAACGGUUGAACUUUGGCGACGACAUUCCCAGUGCCCUCCGGAUAGCCAAGAAGAAGCGCUGGAACAGCAUCGAGGAGAAGCGCAUUAACCAGGAGAACGAGCUGCACGCCUAUCUCACCAAACUCAUCCUGGCAGAGAAGGAGAGGGAACUGGAUGACAGCAGAGAGGAACAAGACGGCAAGUCGGAGGAAUGCAGAAGCCGACACGACCUCACUAAAUUCCAGUCCAAACAUGACAAGCAACUGUCAGACAUGGAGGAGCUCUUCUCUCAGCUGGAUGAGAAGAGGAAGAAGAGGGAGAUCCCAGACUACCUGUGUGGAAAGAUCAGCUUUGAGUUGAUGAGGGAGCCCUGCAUUACACCCAGUGGGAUCACUUACGACCGCAAAGACAUCGAGGAGCACCUACAGCGAGUGGGCCAUUUUGACCCGGUGACACGCAGCCCUCUGACUCAAGACCAGCUGAUCCCUAACCUGGCAAUGAAAGAGGUCAUCGAUGCUUUCAUCAUGGAGAAUGGAUGGGUGGAGGACUACUGAACGAGGGAGGGAGGGAGGGGGGAG